AUGGAGUCUCUCUCGAUUCCCGCCGCUGCGUGGUUUUCCGGUGGAGCCAUUCAUCCUCCGCACGCGAGACUUUCUCAGCCGUACCUCUCUCUGAAACCGACGAACAGGAAUCCCACACGCUUUAAGGCCGCUUCUCGCUCUGUGAGUGAGCUAGUGGAGGAGGAUGUGCUGCAAAUGUUCCUGAAAGACAGAGAAGAAAAUGGAGAUUUCAUUUCCAAAGUUUCUGAUAGGCUCUGGUUGAGGGAAAAUCUCGAAUCCAUUGAUCUUAAUUCGAAUGGAGCCUCUUCAACUGUUGAACUUGAUAAUCAGGAGGAGAGCUUGAUUGCUGGUAGAGAUGAUGAUGAUGAUGAAAGCGGUUUCUUGAAACUCAAACCGACUCAAGAAUGGAUUGGAUGGCAAAGUGAUUCAGCUCCCAUGAAUAAGAAAGCUCUAGCUAAGGCAUUACGAGAUGACAGCGAGCGAAGGAAGAAGCUCAACUUUCUGAAAUACGAAGCACUGAAGCGUGAACUCAUGUACCUGUCAAUUGUAAUCGGAACCGGUUGCAGCGGUUAUUGCUUACUAGCUUUAUCACCUCAGGCUGCCGUCAGUUAUGCAGUUGGAGUUGUUUUCAGUUGCUUGUACCUUCAGCUUUUGUAUGGAUAUGCUGAUGGUGUUACACGUGAAGCUGUUCCUAAUAUCUUCCUGAAAAAGAAGACUAAAAAAAUCGGGAUCAGAAGUGAAGACCUUGAAGACUUUGUAGAGAGGACGAUCAGGGGAAGUGGCAUGGCUCUGUCUUCCCCACGUCUAGUGAUUCCAGCUGCAAUUUAUGCGUUUUGGGUGCUCUCUCACAAGUAUCUCCAGAAUGACUUGUUCGACUUUCAGAUAGUUCCAGCGAUGGUUGGUUUGUUUGUAUACAAAGCCGCAGCUCUGGUUCAAGUGUACAGAGACAACCAAGAUCUUCAGCUCAUCUUCCCAGACGAUCUUUGA